UAGAGACUUAGUUUUGGGAGUCUGGUUUUGGAACAGACGUUGAGCACUAAUGGCAUGCGCUAUGGUUGUGAUCAUUGCUCUGUUUACUAUGAUAAACCAGAUGACGCUUGCUGCGGAUCUGACAUGCGUGGUUGGACCUCAUCACAAAGCGUUUCCAUCGCCUGAGCCCGACAUGAGAGCAGACACUGCCUGCAGCCGAUAUUCCAGCCUUUCUUGCUGUGCAGCCAACACCUCGCACUCAAUUGACCAACAGGGUGACCGAGAGCUGUACAAACUUCACUGGGAUGACUGCGGUAACAUAUCAACCUCAUGUGAACGCUACCUCAAAGCUGAAAGCUGUUUUUUCGCAUGUGAUCCAUAUUUGGGACCGUGGAAGGGUUCGAAAGAUUUAACAUUGUAUGCUGUACCUGUAUGCGCUUCCUAUUGUGACGAGUGGUUCGACGCAUGCAAAGACGUGCCUAUUUGUACACGAAAUUGGUUAACAGACUUCAAAGAAGAUAAUACAACAGGCGAGUAUCAUUGCUCGAAUCAGACAUGUCGCACUUUUACAGAGUGGUAUCAAAAUGGUAAGGGAAUGUGUGAGACAAUCUAUGGAAAUUCCUUCCAAUAUGAUGCAGAUAACGAGAAUUGUAUGGUAAUGACAUUCACUGGUAACAAUCCUAAUGCGAAUGUGACGAAAGACACCAACGGGGCUACUGGCGUCCAACAGUGUCAAAGUAGUCUCUUCCUUGCAGUCCUAUCCUAUGUUCUUCUCCAGUUCUGAACAAAGGAGCAAUUGGCAGAGUUGAAGACAUGGGCACAUGUGCAGAAUGGCAAACUUUUUGACAUAGCUGCAAGUGUUUCUUACAUGUGUCGCAAUUAACAUGGUGAACACGUAGUUUACUCUGAUUGAAUUCGCAUUUUGCAGUUUAAAUCUUCCCCCGUUAGAUAAGAGUGUUGGCAUUUCGUAAUGUUUGACGUUACAAUGACCACGUGACUUUGGCGUGUAGCUUUUCUGCAACUGAUAUUAAUUACAAAAAAAGUUA